AUGGGUGGUUGUUUCACUGAUCUUCUAAAAAGUGUCUCAUCCAUCCGCGACCUGACAUGGCAGACAGUUGGAUUUGUUUUUGUCAUCGCUUUUGCGCACGGACAGGUCCGUUAUUCUAUUCCCGAGGAAAUGAACAAAGGAUCACUGGUGGGGAAUAUAGUUCUGGAUCUCGGUUUGGAUGUUAAGAGACUGAAAUCUGGCCGUGCGCGAAUCUUCACGGAGGACACUCGUGAGUACAUCAGUCUGAAUGUUGAUAAAGGAACUCUGGUUGUGAAAGAGAGGAUAGACAGAGAGGAGCUGUGUGCUCAAGUGUCUCCUUGCUCUAUACAUUUCCAGAUUAUUCUAGAAAACCCAAUGGAACUACAUCAGAUUGAUGUAGAAAUAACCGAUAUCAAUGAUCAUGCCCCUGCUUUUGACAGGAAAGAAAUCAGUAUUGAAAUUUUAGAGUCUGCAGACCAAGGUGCAUUGUUUUCUUUAGAUAAAGCGCAUGACCCUGAUGUUGGAUUAAAUACACUCCAGAAAUACACAAUUAGUCCGACAGGACAUUUUGUUUUAAAAGAAUUUUCUCGAAGUGAUGGCACAAAAUAUGUUGAGAUGUUACUAAGAACACCUUUAGACAGAGAGCAAAAGGAAGUGCAUAACUUAAUUUUGACUGCAAUUGACGGUGGUUCGCCUCCAAAAUCCGGAACAGUCAAGAUAACUGUUACUGUUAUUGAUGCAAACGACAAUUAUCCCGUGUUCUCUCAGCCAACAUACCGAGUAUCGUUACCAGAAGAUGUGGCAAAAAAACAUUUAGUCGUGGCAGUGACUGCUACAGACAAGGACAAAGGAUCUAAUGCGGAGGUUAAAUAUUCAUUUUCAAAAAGCACCGAGAAAGAAGCAACCGACGUGUUUAAUAUUGAUUCAAACAUUGGAACAAUAACAGUCAUAGGUGAUAUAGAUUUUGAAAAAUCUAAGCAAUAUGAAUUAGAUAUUAAAGCAAUUGAUAAUGGCGGACUGUCUGAUACCAGUAAAGUGUUUAUAGAAAUUACAGACGUUAAUGACAAUUCCCCUGUUAUAAAUGUUAUUUCGUUUUCCAAUCCAAUACCAGAGGAUUCUGCCCCAGAGUCUGUUAUAGCUAUGCUAAAUAUUAAAGACAUCGACUCUGGAAGAAACGGAAAGGUAAAAUGUUCAGUAAAUUCAAAUCUGCCGUUUCACAUUAAAUCGUCCUCCUCUAAUUUCUACAGUUUAGUCACCAACGGUAUUUUAGACAGAGAAAUGUCUUCUGAAUAUAACAUUACAAUCACAGCUAGUGAUGAAGGCUCGCCAUCUUUAUCUACUAAUAAAACUCUGACAGUUAAAAUAUCUGAUGUUAACGACAAUGCGCCUGUUUUCCAGCGUCACUCAUACACCGCUUACGUGAUGGAAAACAAUUCACCUGGAGUGUCUAUAUUUUCAAUUACUGCAACAGAUAAAGACGCUGGUAACAAUGCGCGUAUUUCAUAUUUCCUAGAAGACCGUUCUGUCAACGGUGUUGCUUCUUCACCUUAUAUUUCUGUUAAUGCAGAGAGUGGAGAGAUUCUUGCUCUUCGGUCUUUUGAUUACGAGCAAACCAAAGAGUUUAAUAUUUGCGUAAAAGCUCAGGAUGGAGGCAACCCGCCUCUAAGUAGCAAUGUGAGUGUGAAAGUAAUUAUUCAGGACCAGAAUGACAAUGCGCCUCAGAUUCUGUAUCCAGUACAAACUGGUGCCUUUGUUGUGGCUGAAAUGGUACCUCGAUCAGCAAAUGUGGGCUAUCUUGUUACUAAAGUAGUGGCUGUAGAUGUGGACUCUGGACAGAAUGCUUGGCUCUCAUAUAAACUACAGAAAGCGACGGACAGAGCGCUGUUUGAAGCGGGAUUACACAAUGGAGAAAUAAGAACUGUACGACAAGUCACUGAUAAAGAUGCUGUGAAACAGAAACUGACUGUGUUAGUGGAGGACAACGGAGACCCCUCUCGUUCAGCUACAGUCAAUGUAAACGUGGUGCUGGCAGACAGUUUCCCUGAAGUGCUCUCAGAGUUCACUGACUUUACGCAGGACAAGGAAUACAACGUCAACCUGACUUUUUAUCUGGUCCUGGCACUGGCUACAGUUUCAUUUUUAUUUAUUGUUUCAAUUAUAGCUAUACUUUCAGUUAAAUGCUACAGGUGGAAACGUGAACGAAUGUUUUACAAAGCUGGUUCCAAUCUUCCAGUUAUUCCAUACUAUCCACCGCUAUACGCAGACGUUGGUGGAACAGAAACUUUGCAGCAGAUGUAUAAUUAUGAGACUUAUAGAACCACUGACUCCAAAAACAGGGAUUUAAAUCGCGCUACACGUCCAACAGAGAACAUGAAUAGUCUGGAAAUCAGCGGAAAUCAGACGCUGACGCAUGUACAAAGAGAAAAAGCAAGUGAAGUCUUUGAUCAGGUGAGCAUAACAAAAAUCAGUAUUUUACUUUUCUGUAACUUGUAUGCAAUUUUGUGCUGUUGA